CGAUGGCAGCUGUUGAGGCCACCGCAUCCUGCCUCCACUCUCUGGGCCCAGCGCAUCAUGAAGCACUGGACGCAUCAUUGACUCGAGUCGUUCAUCAUAUGGCAGAUGCCAUCAACGCUAGGUCAUUUGAUCCGACAUCAUACCCAUGGACACAUCUCUCGGACGACUUCACUGCGGAGCUGUUUUUUGCCGGAUGGGAGAGGAAUGUGGUAGGACGAGAUGCUUUCGUCGAUUACUUCGAGAGUUACAUCGCCGCGCAUGCAGAGUACUCGGUGCGGAUAGUAGACGUCGUUGUAACCAUUACGAAACGGACGGGACGCGCGAGCAUCUUCGCAAACUUCGAAUCAGACGGCAUUCCACCAGGGAUUCUGAGGGCGACCGUGGGCAUGUGGGAGUUUGCGCCCAUUGGUGACGGAUUAUGGCGUUGUACGAAUUAUCGAUGUGUCCCCGGCAUCAAUCCUUGCGCAUAAGCGGCAGCAACAACUCUCACGUGAGAAAGCGCGACGAUGACAAGACGUAUACGGCGAAUGACAAGCGCCGAAUGAUGGACGAUACUGGCUGGUCCUUGAGUCACUGGACCGAACUCUUCCGUUCGCGAAACAAUUACAACGCCUACAGACCGCCUGAUAUUGCACUUCAGCUCGGCGAGAACUACCACCAUCUUCAUCAUCAAAGAUGUCGGGGCUCAAGCUCCGUCUUAUCUUACAGCGCAGUGGCGGUAUCGAUUUUCCACUUUUCUCGCUCCUCUCCAAUCUCAUUCGUACAGCUCGUCGUGCUCGGCCUCUGUCAUGUCCUGUAUUGCCUCUGCAGCCACACCUGUUGCACCGGAAUCGUCAUGAACACGGACCUCCUCAUUCAUACCGGCCCCACCAUCAUCGGCAAGGGUAUCGGUGUCCUUGUCAUUCACAUUUGCUGCACCUUCAUCGGCAAGGGUAUCGGUGUCCUCAUCCUGCCCCUCAUCCUCGCUCAUGCUUUCGGGUGCAUCGCGUCCUUGUCCAAGGCCAAUGGCCUCGAGCAAGAACGCCGCAUCAGCUUCAAUAUCAGUUUCAAC